AUGUCUUCGGAAGUUUUACUUUGCUGUGUGGUCAUCUUUCUAAACACUGCACACUUCGCAACACCAGUAGAUCUGCAACCUGGCAUGCCUAACGUGUGUGCGGAUCAGGAGUUGUCGAUGCUGGGAGCGCGGCAGCCUUGUGUCCAGGCGUUCACGCGGAUGGUGAAGGUGUGGAGACAGGGUUGUUCUGGUCAGCGUUGGUGUCUGGGUUAUGAGAGAAGGACAGGGUAUUACACAGCCUACAGACAGGUGUACAGUAUGGAUAUGCAUACUGUGUAUAAAUGCUGUCCAGGCUGGACACAGAGGGGAGAGGAGGCUGGCUGUUUGCACAGGAUGUGUUCUCCAGGCACAUGCUUUAACGGAGGCAGAUGUGCAGAGACGGGAGAUCAGGUGUGUCGCUGCCCUGUGGGGUUUCAGGGAACACGCUGCCAGUAUGAUAUAAACGAGUGUGUAACAGAUAACGGAGGUUGUGAGGGGACAUGUUGUAACACCAUUGGCAGUUUUUACUGUAAGUGCCCUGAAGGCAGUAAACUGGGACCAGACGGCCGGUCGUGUCAAGAUAUCGAUGAGUGUGUGGAAUUGAAUGGUGGGUGUCAGCAGACCUGUGUGAACACACCAGGCUCCUACUAUUGUGAAUGCAGUGAAGGAUUCCGAAUGCACACAGAUGCUCGCACCUGCAUUGCUGUUAACUCCUGUCUGGUGAAGAAUGGAGGUUGUGAACACAAGUGUGUGGACCUUGGCAAUGACCAUUAUAAGUGUGAGUGUCGCCGUGACUACAGGCUGAAGAGUGAUGGGAAGCACUGUGAAUUGAGGGAUCCCUGUGCAGAGCGUAACGCCGGCUGCGCGCAGCUGUGCCGUAGCGUGGGUGGACAGGCCCAGUGCAGCUGUAAAGCAGGAUACACCCUAGGAGCAGACCGCAAAACAUGCAACGAUAUAGACGAGUGUAAGUCCGGCCAGGCCAGGUGUGCUCAUAGCUGUGUGAAUGUACCAGGCUCCUUCAGCUGUGUGUGUCUUCCCGGUUUUGAACUGGGGGCUGAUGCCAGACAGUGCUACCGUAUUGAGAUGGAGAUAGUGAACAGCUGCGAGAAGAACAAUGGCGGAUGCUCCCAUCACUGUGAACACACCACCAACGGCCCGCUCUGUACCUGUAACCAAGGUUACCGGCUGGCCGAGGACCUGAAGACCUGCGUGGACAGUGAUGAGUGUGAGACUGGAGAGGCAUGCUGUAGUCACUACUGUGAGAAUUACCCAGGAGGCUAUGAAUGCAGCUGCAGACCUGGAUACACUCUCAACUCUAACGGCUGCAGAUGUGACGAUGUGGAUGAGUGUGUGGCGGAGACGUCUGGGUGCAGUCAUUACUGUGUGAACGUUCUGGGCUCUUACGAGUGUUUCUGCAGACUGGGCUACCGUUUAGACCUUGACCAGCGCACCUGUCUCCCUCUGUAUGAGAGCAUUGCUGAUGAAGAGGUGGAUGAGGAAGAGGAGGGUGGUCAGGGAGAGGACCUGGAGGUUCUGCGUUUGCCAGACCUGCUCUUCCGCCGCCCCCCCCAGCUCCUGCGCUACACCGCGGCCCUGCACGCGCCUUACCAAGAACACACACUCAGCAGAGAGCAGAGAGGAGAACUCACAGUGCUCAGUCACAUCAUGUGUGUGGACGGCGUGUUUGGAGAUGACUGCAGUUUGACUUGUUCAGAUUGUGCUAACGGUGCAGUCUGCAGUGAAGAGAGAGAUCACUGUGAGUGCACACCUGGAUGGACCGGACUCAUCUGUAAUGAGACGUGUCCUGAGGGGACGUAUGGGGUGGCGUGUAAUGGCGUGUGUGGGUGUCUAAACGGAGGACGCUGUGAUCCAGUCACAGGGAAAUGUCAUUGUCCCCCAGGAGUGCAGGGUUUACACUGUGAGAAUGGUUGCCCUCAGGGUUUUUUCGGGAGGGACUGUCGUCGUAAAUGCCACUGCCCCAACAACGGGCGAUGCCACCGUCUCUACGGUGGAUGCCUGUGUGCCCCUGGGCUCUAUGGACGAUUUUGUCACCUACCGUGUCCGCGGUGGACGUUUGGCGUUGGGUGCUCGCGGGACUGUAUGUGCGCGGAAGAAAACUCUCUCGGCUGUGACCCCAAAAACGGAACCUGCUCCUGCAAACCAGGUUACCACGGAAAUAGCUGCGAAACAGAAUGUGACAAAGGCUUUUUUGGAGAGGGAUGCCGAGGAAGAUGUAAAUGCACUGACGGUGAAUCAUGUGACCCCAGGACUGGAACAUGUACCCGAAACUGUCCCCCUGGUUUCCAUGGAGAGAGAUGUGAUUUGGGGUGUCCGGAGGGAUUCUGGGGUGAGGGCUGUGCGUUGCCGUGCCCCCCCUGCGAGAACGGAGCCGUCUGCAACGCGCACACCGGAGUCUGUGAGUGUAGACCCGGCCACACGGGGCCCACCUGUCGAGACCCAUGCCCGGCGGGGUCCCACGGCCCUGGGUGUUCACUGCGGUGUCUCUGUCACCCCGAUGCCAGCUGUGACCCCGUCAGCGGAAACUGCGCCUGCCCCUCCGGACGCACCGGACACGACUGCAGCACAGUGUGUGAGGCAGGUUUCUGGGGUGUUGGAUGUGCCAAUGAAUGCCAUUGUGCCAACAGUGCCAUGCCCUGUGAUCCAGCCGACGGGCACUGUGUGUGUGAGACAGGGUACACCGGAGACCACUGUGAACAGAGGUGUCCCGAGGGCAGGUAUGGGUCAGAGUGUGAGCGUGUGUGCCAGUGUGAACACGGAGCGCAGUGUGACCACGUCAGCGGAGCGUGCACCUGCUCACCGGGCUGGACCGGAACACACUGUGAAAAGAAAUGCCCUGACGGCUUUUACGGCCUGGACUGCGGGCAGAUAUGCCAGUGUAGGAACAGCGCCCAAUGCCACCACAUCACAGGAGCCUGUCUCUGCUCUCCUGGCUGGGCACCGCCGCACUGCACCCUGGCUUGCCCGGCAGGGAGCUUUGGGCAGAACUGCAGUCAGACAUGUCGAUGUGUGAACGGGGCGGUGUGUGAUCCGGUGAGUGGCCGGUGUGUGUGUGAGCCGGGCUGGACAGGAAGCGGCUGCGAGGAGCCUUGUACAGCUGGCUGGUUUGGGCAGGACUGUUUACAGCUGUGUGUGUGUCGUAAUGGAGGAUCUUGUGACAGAGCGACUGGACACUGCUCCUGCCCACCCGGAUGGACUGGAGCUGCCUGUGAGCUGGAGUGUGAGGAAGGCUGGUUUGGAGAGGACUGCACACACUCCUGUAACUGCACAAACGGAGGCCAGUGUGACAGACAGACAGGACUCUGUAAAUGUCCACCGGGCUGGACCGGACAGCACUGCCAGACAGCGUGUGCUGAUGGUUUCUAUGGCGACGGCUGUGAACAGAAGUGUGUGUGUGAGCAAGGCAGCUCCUGUCAUCACCAGACAGGCCAGUGUGUGUGUGAGCCAGGAUGGAGAGGCCACACCUGUGACAAACCCUGUUUGCCGGGCUGGUUUGGUCAGAACUGUACACAGAAGUGUGCGUGUCCUGCGGGUGUGUCUUGUCAUCAUGUAACUGGGAAGUGUGGUUGUCCUGCUGGCUAUACUGGGAACAGCUGCGAAGAAAUCUGUCCAUCAGGCACCUUUGGUGUAAACUGUUCUGAGGUGUGUCAGUGUUCUGGUGAACACCAGGUGUGUCACCACAUCACAGGAAAAUGUACCUGUUUACCUGGUUACUACGGCAACCGAUGCACGCUCACAUGUCGGCUGGGUACAUAUGGGCCAAACUGCAGGCAGCGAUGCAAGUGUGCCAGUAGGGGGCGCUGUGACUUCAGGACCGGUACAUGUGAAUGCCACUCAGGCUUUAUUGGAGCCAACUGUAAUACAAGUUGUCCUGCAGGGUAUUAUGGGAAGGACUGUGCUAAAAGAUGUUCCUGUGGUGAAAAAGGACGGUGCCACCCAGUGACUGGGAGGUGCAUCUGUCCCCCGGGCAAAAUGGGACAAUUCUGCCAGCAAGUGUGUCCUAGGGGGCGCUAUGGAGCGCACUGUCGGAGUGCCUGCGCCUGUCUGAACGGAGCAGCGUGUGACCCCGUGGAUGGUACUUGCCAUUGCGGACUGGGCUGGAACGGGCCUCGCUGUGAGAAACCGUGUGAGGCGGGAAGGUAUGGUGUGAACUGUACACUGGAGUGUCCAUGUCAGAAUAACGGGACGUGUGACCAGUACACUGGCUCCUGUAUCUGCCCGGAUGGUUACUACGGCAACUCCUGCCAACACAAAUGUCCGGCUGGAUUUUUUGGGAAACUCUGCUCCAGGUCAUGUGACUGUAAACUUGAUUUGGCCUGCGAUCAUGUGACAGGGCAGUGUUUGUGCCCUCCAGGUUACCAUGGUGACCAGUGUCAGAAACGUUGUGAUUCUGGUCGUUUUGGGCUGGGGUGUAAGCUGCAGUGUGACUGUGCUGGUGGGGAACCAUGUGAUCCUGCUACAGGCCUGUGUCUCUGCUCUCCCGGCCGAACAGGAGAACGCUGUGAAAAAGAGUGUGGAGGGGGCUGGUUUGGACCGGGCUGUGUACUGCAGUGUCAGUGUGCCCACAGGGGGCAGUGUGACCAGCGAAAUGGCCACUGCGUGUGCUCACACACCUGGAUUGGACCUACCUGUGAGGAGGGUAGGUGA